UUCAGUAUGAUAUGUUUAUAGGCAUUGGCUGAGGGAGAGCGAGCAUUAUAGCUGCUCUCGCUUGAUAAGGAAAGGAAGAGGAGAGGGCGCUGGACGUCAUGGCAUCCAAAGACACCGUCGCGACUGCUUUUCUCACCGUGAGUCGGGAAAUGACAGAGAGCAUCAGACGAGUUAUCGACAAGACAUCAAUCAAGUUGGUGAGAGCUAUCAAAGUAGAGAACAAGAGUGGCAAAUCAGAAGAUCGGAUUCUGGUUUUGGCAACAUGGCGGCUGUACCUCAUGGCCCCCAAGAUACCAACCAAGGUGGAACAAACCUUCAACUUCCUGGAGAUUCGGGCAAUGAACACACACCCGGAUAAUCAAGUUGUCAUAGAAACAGACAAGUCCACAUAUUCCCUGAGGCUGCAGUCUAAUGACCACCUGGAUCAGCUGAUUAGCCACAUCAACUUUGCUCUCUCUCGGAUCUUCAACAACUCCAUCUACACCCCCUCCAUCUUUCACGCAGAUGGAGAUGUUACUGACGGAAAUCGGAAAUUUUCUCCCAGCUCUGAGAGUUCAGUGGAGACGCAAAGGGCAUGCGGGGGAUUUUCUGAGACAUAUGCAGCUCUGUGCGAUUACAAUGGCAUUACCUGUAAAGAGGAAGUGCAGUGGGAUGUGGAUACCAUUUAUCAUUCGCAGGACAACAGGGAGUUUAACCUACUGGACUUCAGUCACUUAGAAAGCGGGGACCUUGCAGUGAUCGUGGCGGCCAUGGCAUAUAACUCAUGGUUCAUCAAACUUUAUUGCAAAGACUUGCGUAUUAGUUCAGAGGUCGUAGAACAGAUUCUGCACACUGUCAGUAAAUCCAGCAGUCUGGAGGAGAUCACGCUGGAAAAUGUGGGCCUUAAAGCAGAUUUCCCACAGAAAAUGGCCACUGCCCUGUCAGAAAACCCGGCAUCAGUCAUACACUCCAUUAACUUGGCCCACAAUACACUGGACAACCAAGGGGUGUCUAACCUUAUCCAGCAGGUGUGUCGGCUCAGUAAAGGCUUGCGUCUAUUGAACCUCUCCAAGACGUCGCUCUCCUCAAAGGGUGUCACAUCUCUCUCUCAGGCUCUAUGCUCCAGUGAUGACUACUCAAACUCUCUUCUUCAUCUGGACCUGAGUAAGAACCCAGGAAUUCUGUCUGGAGAAGAUGCGACGAAUCUGUACCUGUUCCUGGCUCAGCCGAACUGCCUGGUGCAUUUGGACCUGUCAGGCACUGACUGUACCGUAGACUCUUUAUUUGGAGCUCUGCUGCGGGGCUGCUGUGCCGAUCUCUCCUACUUGAACCUGUCCAAAAACUCCUUCUCUCACAGGAAAGUGAGAGAGACACUUCCUUCGUUCCGCCAGUUCUUCAGUUCGGCAUUCAGCCUCACUCACAUCAGUCUGGCAUCCAUGAAGAUGCCUCCCGACGUGCUGAGGGCUCUGUUCCUUGGGCUUUCAUCCAAUCCUCACAUCACUGACCUACACCUGGACAUCAGCGGCUGCGAGCUCAGGUCUGCUGGAGCAGGGAUAAUACAGGACCUUUUCCCCAGAGUCUCCUGCAUCAGCACACUGGACAUCUCAGACAACGGGCUGGAUGCUGAUCUCCUCUGUGUCAUUCCUGCCUUCUCCAGACACCCAUCCCUCAAACACCUGCUGCUGGGCAAGAACUUUAACAUCAAGGGCAGGGUUCUGGAUGAGGUUUUGCAGAAACUAGUGCAUCUGGUACAAGAGGAAGAGUGUGCCCUGCAGAGCUUGUCUCUGGCUGACUCCAGGUUGCGUUCGAGGGGCACGGUGCUCGUGAACGCCCUCGGAAGCAACGCCUGCCUGAAGAAGGUAGACUUGAGCGGAAAUGGACUCGAUGAUACAGGAGCGAGGAUGCUCAGUAAAGCUCUGCAGAUUAACACCACGCUCAGGAGUGUGACAUGGGAUCGGAAUAACACAAGUGCUACAGGUUUUCAAGAUGUGGCUCGAGCCCUAGAACAUAACUUUACCCUGCAGUACAUGCCUAUCCCACUCAGUGAUGUCACACAGGCGUACCGAAGCGCCCCUGAAAGGACAGAGCAGGCACUAACCAAGAUCCAGCGGGCGUUGUUACGGAAUAACCAGACUCAGCGUUUCUCUCAGAAACAGGCUCUUCGGUUGCAUCAGGGCCUGGUGACUAGUACCGCAGAACAGGUGAUGGAGCGUCUGUGUGUGCGCGUGCAGCAGCAGGUGUGUGUGUUGAGAGGAACAGGUGAAGGGGAAGAGCUGCAGGCUGCCAGACAGGUCCUCAAGGAGGCCAGGAACUCUCGAGCUCUGUACCCCUCGCUGUGUGAACUGGCCCACGUGCUGUCAGUGGACGGUCCGGUGAGACAGAGGCUGGACUCUCUGGCCGGAGAACUCGCCAAAGCAGCUGAUAAAGAACUACAGGUCAUCGUGGACUCCAUGGUGUCUCUGUGCCGGGAGCUGUGUCCGCUUUCUUGUGCCGCAGCGGAGUGUCUCUCUCCGCCUCUCUCCUCCAUCUCCGAGCGCGUGUCCAUCCCUCGUUCGUCCAUCCGCACCGCUCUGAUGGAGAGAGCAGCUCAGGACAUCAACAGAGCUCUGGAGGAGGUGAAGCUAUCUGUGGUCUCGUAUCUCACUAACUCCAUAGUGGACCAGAUCCUACAGGAGCUAUAUGCCACACACAAAACCCUGCUCCGGCAGGUUUCACAGAUGAGACGGCUGGAAGACGGGGGAACCGCCAGGCGCACACACAGACACGCUGACAUACUGGAUGUUGUGGAGGAUGACUUUGGCAUCAGCAUAGACACAAUUGCCAUUAAGAAACGCAGCUCCAGGACCAGACGCAUUCGUCCCGUGUCCAACAGACUCACUGUUUGGACUCCCACGGCACCCAUUCACUGCAGAGCACCUAUUGGUCUAGGUGACGACCCUAACUCUUCACCUUUAGUAUCCACUCCUCAGACAUCUGCUCCCCUUUCACGCUCAGCAUCAUGGGAAGGUUUGUCCACCCUGCCCACUCAGGGCUCGCCUCUGCGUCAUGUGACCCACGUCAGACCGCGUCCACCUCGAAGACACAGGACAGCACACGCUCCCUUUGAGACGCACUGCUCGGAGAAUGGUGGAGUUUCUCUAUUGGAUGAUGGACUGCCUGACUUCUACACCAAGAGAGUUUUACCAGACAGUCAGCUGUCAUCCCACCAUCACGCUCAGGCUCUGAGAAGGAAGAAAAGACGCAGCGUGCUGUCAAUCUUUUCCGGAUUCAGGAAGAAUCGCAACUCUACCAUAUCAUAUCAGGAGUCAGACCCUACAGGAAGAGGCGGGGCCUGUGGGGAGGAAUGUCGCACGAAUAUUGCCACUGAGAAUGUGUACUCCUUGAUUCAACACCCAAAGGAUCGUGGGAGGUUAGACAUUGGCACUGAGGGUACCAAUGGGAGGCUGGUAGGGCCUGGUGGUCAGAGGACCCCUCAGCUGUCAGGGCGGCCCAUUCAUGGUAUACCUCUGCCAGGAAUGAUGGGACUCAGCCCCUCCUGCUUUUCACAGAGACAGUCUCCUGAUUACAGUGAGGUGUUCGGCUCAUCAGAAGAGAUUGGAUACGGAGAGCAUGAGAUGGACCGGCAUUCAGAUAUCGUUGCUAAAGGGCACACGCCAUCUAUAGACAGACAGUCGGAAUCAGGAAGACGGGAAUCACAGUCAGACAGCCAAAAAAAGGCAGACAGUACAAUGGACCCUCAGCAGCUGGAAACCAGGAAAAGACCUGAACCGCCGCUUCAGAGUGCAAAGCCGAGCUUAGCUAAGACACGACAGCGCCAUCUGGAGGAGAGCUCCGAUAAAUCUACUGAGGAUACUGGAGAACUGAGGGAGAAGGAUGAAGAAAACGAGGGUAGGAGAUUUGGAGAAGACCAAAAAGACCAAAAACCAGAAGGACAGUCUCCACCUAUCCCUGAAAAGCCAUGUUAUUAUUCACCUCACACGUCUCCCAUUGGCUCCUCACCACAAGACGUGGCCAAUGAGAAUCAGCCACCAGCUGCUCCGCCCCCCUCAGCUAAGCCUGUGUUUCAUUCUGCUUCAGUAGAUUCUGCUUUGCUUCAAGGCGAUGAAGUCAAGAGCAGCCCUGGAGGUCCCAUGAAACCACAUCGAAAUAGGAAAGCAAACUCAUGUGACACAGGAAUGGAGCAGGAUGCCCGCUGUGAUCUGGAGAGAUCCUCAGAUCGCAAACCCCCUGUGAAAAAACCUAGACUCCCUCCGAAACGAAAUAAGUCCUUGGAUUUCCCCGGUCAUCAGAGUUCGGAGCCAAGCAACGCUGAAGCAUCAUGACAACCGUUGGAGCCAAAGCUCUGUGAAAACAGAGGGUCAUUGUGAUGCUGAGAGGAGAGAGAGGGAGAGAUAUGAUCAGCAGAUGAAUUUGCACCUUGAUGAAUUCAUAAAGACUCUUGCUUUCGGCUCUCAGACAAUUUCAUAGUCAUUUUACACGCAUAUUCAGCAUAUUCUGGCUUACUCCAGUGAGUUGUUUUGCUUUCCCCCUCCUGCUUUUUACAUUCCUGACCUUCUGCACUUAACUGCGAUUUCCUUUAUUUCACUCUCUCUCCGUCUCUCUCCCUCCUCUUUUGAGUCUUUUGACAAUCUUUGACAUAAAGGAACUUUUUGCUAUUUAUCUUUAAAACCAUAGAAUGAUAUUUUGUAAAAUAUAAUAUAUAAACAGAACCGAUAUUUGCACUAAUCAUCGCUUGAAUUCUCAUUCGGUUUGGUGGAUGUACGCUCCCCCCCCCUCCCUCCCCAUGUCCGACAUUACCCACGUGAAGUUUUGUAGUGUGCGACUAACUUAUUCUUAUCAUUUUAUGUCUACUCGAUCAAUAUCAUUAGCAGUAUUACUGUUGUCUUAAUCAGGCAUUGUUUAUGCAAAUGGAUAAAUGUUUAAGAGUUUGCUGGCCCUAAAUGAGCUUUAUUUUCUACUAAAUGUGACUGAAUGAAUAAAAACUGAAUAUAA